AUGUAUUUUGAACAACAGUUCCCCCGUGUUUCGGUGACUGCCCAUUUCAUCACUGUAUUCUCUACUCCCUGUACCCCUGUUUUGGUGGCUUACGCUUACGCUUCUGUAAGCUCACAGAUAACUUCUCCCCUCCCUGUACCUAAUUGUCCAAAACGGUCAGCUAAACCACUUCAAGCGACCGUCGGACCGACACAAUUAAGAUCGGUGAUCAACCCUAAAUUAUGUCACUCAAGACCUAUCACCCCUCCUCGAGAAUUCGAAGUGAUCUACGAUCCUUGUAAUUUUGUUUCAUGUGAAUCUACUUCAAGUAUACGACAAUCAACCUCACCUUCUUCUAGUCUUUCACAAAGUCCUAUCUUUGGUCCAUGUGAAUUAUCCGAUUCACUCGAUUCUUCACCUCCCAUCGACCAUAAACCUUCCUUGGUUCGGUUCUCCUUUGAAACUCCUUCAUCUUUACCUCUCUCACGAGGAACAUCAAGCUCAAGUGGAAGCUCUUCAUCUUCCAUUUCUUCCCCUUAUCUCUUCACUCCACGUAAUACAGACGAAACCUUUCCUACUCCUCUCAUUUUCUUUCCUUCGGAUUCACCUACAGAAUUUGAUUCUUUCAAUACUAUCACUGAAAAUAAAUCUCAAUAUCUUAUCGACCAAUCGGAAAAAGAAAUCAAUUUCCUAAUGAACCCUUUCCUGGUUGAAAACAUGCAAGAACUUUACAGACCGAUAUCAACAUUAUCAACUGGUUCAUCAUUCCAUGAUUCCGAACCAUUACUUUCACCAGCUAUUGAUUUUGUUCGACGUUCUUCUUUCUCUUCAAUCAAUAGUUUCGCGAGUGAUUCUUCACCAGGUCCAAAUCCUUUAGGUUUAAAUAUACCAUCUACUCCUACAUACUCUUCGAGUCCUCUUGGUCCAGGUACACCUACAACCCCUUUACAUGGAUCCAGUCCGCAUAACAUCGUAAAAUCUACUUUUACGUAUGGUACGACUCCUCCUGGUAUCAGAACUUUAACAGAUAGAACACAAUCUUUGAAUCUCAAUAAUGACUCUCCUACAAUAGGUCCAGGAAAAAGUCUGUCGUUCAAUUCUACACCAAUGAAAGUUUCCAAUAGAUUAGCAAACCUUCGUCCGGCCGGAUUGGUAUUACCUAAGAAUAUUGGAAUAGGAUCAGGUGGAUUGAAAAGUCCUAGAAUCCGGAAACGUUCGCCUAGGAAUCAUCAACAUUUACCUACUUUCUCUCGACCACCGCCAUCACCCACUAUGCGUAGCAGAUUGGGUAUUUCGCCAAUGUCUGAAGUUGAAGAUUGGAGAAUUGGUGGGAGAAGAUUGAGUGCGGUCAUGGAGAAUAUCGAGUAG